GAGAAAUCUAUCGCCAAGGCACAAGCAGCUGUGAUGCUAUGUAACAAAGAAAAAACACACUGGGAAUACUCUGGUGGCUCAGAAGGAAUCUCAACUGUCCAUAUUUAUCAUCAUCCCGUCAACGACACAUACAGAAUAGUUGGCAGACUGGAAAAAGAUCAAUCGGUAUGUUUGCCCUUAGUUAAUGUUAAGAGUUUUUUCCUUUACCUCCUAUCAGCUAGGAUGAAACUGUGCUUAAGUUAUACACAAUGGCUUUUUCCAACGACUUAACAGACAGACCAUUAAUGUUGUGUCACAAUUGAUUCAUCAGGUCAAUAACCAGAGUUUAAUACUAGGAUGGCAAACCCUAAACUCAUUUUAACCCAGUCUCCUUUUAAUGAUGAUGUCUUCAUUGGUUGACGAAACACGUCAGUCAUAACUAUUUCUUUUUCAGGACCGCACUCAAACUGAUGAUUGCUUUUCAGUCCUUUAUGUUGAUAUAAAGUCAACUCCCCCUCAAACAACACUUUUAUGGGAUAGACAGUUCUCUAAUAAACCUCUCUAUAAGGUGGACAACUUUCAGGCUACGAUACAGGAAACUUAUAAUCGGUACCAACAUUGUCCACCCCUGCCUGAGAGUCAACUGGACAGCAAAAGUGCUGACGUGUACUACAUUAAAAAAUCUCAGUGUAGGUUUUCAGAGUCCAUAUGACCUUAAGGUGUUAACCAGGUGGGAAUCUUGGAGUCCACUGGAUACUCAGUACCCUGUGAGCAGAGGCUUUUCGAUCAGUUCCUAGAUAAGUCGGGAAGAUCGAAGAGCCUCUGCUCAUAGGGUAGAUACCCAGAGUUUUAAGAAAAAGAGGUAUUACUAUUAUUAUUAUUUGAAAUGUUGAUGUUAUGUUGGCUGGUUUAAGUGCCUGGACUUAUCUUUUGGGAAUCUCUCAACUGAGAGGGUUCACUUUAUUAAACUAACGUACUGGAGACCAGAUUAACAACUGAAGGUCUUCGUGGUCUUCCUACUUAUAACUUCCUGGAAAAAAUGUGGUUAAACUAUAUUUUAUGUUGCAGGUAGUUAUAAACUUUGCAUUGGUAAAAGGAUUAUUCUACAACAGGCAAGAACCAACUUUUCACCAAUGGACAGACCAAAGUCAACUUUACGGUUUGAAUUUUGUAAGCAAACAGGACGCUCAAGAUUUUGGAAAUAGUGUGUUUACCUCGCUGGAAAACCUUAAAACUACUGGUAAGGCAUUUAAAUGUUGCAGUAACUUUUUAUUUAUUCCUCAUGCUGUUACAAGCGUAUCAGUGAAAACGUGUCUGAAUCACAAAGCGGAAAAUGUUUUGAUAAAA